AGUGUUUGGUGGUGUCUGAAGCCGUUGGGGUGCCAUGGCUCUGGUUCAGGCACUUCCUGUCACUGUGACUGACCACCCUAACCCAGGUCUCGACGUCCAGCAGUGCCGGCCACUAUCAUCCCAUUCCCCCUCCGGCCCCUGCCCCGGCCCCUGUGGUCCCUGCAGCUCUGGGACAGCCAUGGGUUCUGUCAGCAGCCUCAUAUCAGGCCGGACGUACCAGGAGAGGCACUGCCGGGCCGCCAGCGAGUUCACCACCAAGUCACGCCGCUCCACACCGGCCACCAGCUGCUUCCGACUCCAGGAUAACACCCUCCGUAGCACGAGCUCCCUAGAGCAGCUCCUGGCUAUCAGCACUCAAACGCUUCCCCAGGCCCAAGUUCUUCCUCCACCGCUGCCCACCAAGAAGCAGCCCAGGCCGGGUAACUCUGCUGGGGCAGGCAGUGGAACGGUUGCAGGAGCAGUUGGUGGUGGUGGUGGUGGGACUAAUGGGAACUUUGGGCAUGUGAGCAAUGAGGGGGUCGCUGGAGACUGGAAAGACAACCAGGCACUGGCAGCUGUGAGCCCAUGCAGUGACUCUGAGGACCAAACGGACAACAGGACACUGAAUGGCAACAUUGGAGGGCCCCCUCCCAAACUCAUCCCAGUAUCUGGACAGUUAGAGAAGAACAUGGAGAAAGUUCUGAUCCGUCCUACGGCGUUCAAACCUGUUGUCCCCAAGAACCGUCAUUCUGUACACUACUUAUCACCGAGGCCAGGGGGCGGCAGUCUGUCAGAGAGCCAGGCCAGCCUCAACCUCCUGCUGCCCCUUGGAGGGUCCAACAGCUCCCAUAGCACAAAUGGCAAUGGAGGGAGCAGCACUUCAAGUUCCGAUGGUAAGCGCAACUCCUUCAGCGGAGGUCGAAAUGCUCGGAGCAGCCAGUCCUGCUCCAUGUCCGAUUCAGGGAGGAACUCCCUCUCCAGCCUCCCUACUCACAGCAGCACAGGCUACAGUCUGGCCCCCAGUGAGGGCUCCAGCUCUGGGUCUGGCACCGGGGGGCAGCUGGAGCCCUCCAGUCUGGGUAGAAACACUUCAGGUGGGAGUGGGAGCCACAACCACACUAACUCAGACAGUGGACGCUCCUCAUCCAGCAAGAGCACAGGCUCGGGGUCGCUCAGUGGGCGCGGGCAGCCCCUGUCGGACAGCGGGUCCUGUGGCCACUCGCCGCCACCGGUGGAGGGCUAUGAGACGGUGGUGAGGGAGCUGGAGGAGAAGCUGAGGGAGCGAGAUCUGGAGCUCCAGCAGCUCCGGGAAAAUCUGGAUGAGAAUGAAGCCGCAAUCUGUCAGGUGUAUGAGGAGAAGCAGCGCCGCUGUGAAAGAGAGAUGGAGGAGUUGAGACAGAGCUGUUCAACGAAGAUGAAGCAGACCUCUCAGAAGGCUCAGAGGGCACAUCAGGUGCUACAGUUACAGGUGUUUCAGCUACAGCAGGAGAAAAAGAAGCUGCAGGAGGACUUCUCCUCUCUGCUGCAGGACAGAGAGACGCUGGAGAGGAGGUGUGCCACCAUCCAGAGGGAGCAGACCCAGCUGGGGCCACGGCUGGAGGAGACCAAAUGGGAGGUAUGUCAGAAGUCAGGAGAGAUCUCCCUCCUGAAGCAGCAGCUGAAGGAGAUCCAGUCAGAGCUUAGCCAGAAAGCCGGAGACAUUGUGGUGCUGAAGGCCCAGCUGAGAGAGGCCCGUUCCGAACUGCAAUCCAGCCAGGCUCGAUCCCAGGAGGCCCAGGCGGCCGUGAGGACGCGAACUUUGGAGCUGGAAGUCUGCGAGAACGAACUCCAGAGGCGCAAGAGCGAAGCGGAGCUGCUCCGUGAGAAAGUGGGGCGUCUGGAGGAAGAGUCUGUCCGCAUGCGUGACACUCUUCCUAAUCAUAACGGACAUCUACCUGGAAAUGUAACUCUGAAGGGCCAGUGCAUGAGCCUCACCCUUCAGCAGAGUAGAAGCAUGGGAGGCAGAGGAGGGCCGAGUCCCUGCGUUUACCGCGACGGAGAUGAGGCUCAUCUGGUGUGGGGAGGAGAGAGUGAUGAAGCAAAGGCUCAGAGGCAGAAUGCAGAGGCAGUGCUGGGACUCAGACAACAGGUGGACAGGCUGAAGGCUGAACUCAUGUACGAGAGGAGAACGAGUGAGGAGCAACUUUCACACUUUGACAAUGAGAGGCGGGUGUGGCACGAGGAGAAGGAAAAGGUAAUCCGCUACCAGAAACAGCUGCAGCAGAACUACAUCCAAAUGUACCGCCGAAACCGGGAUCUUGAGCGAGUGAUGAGGGAGCUGAGUCUGGAGCUGGAGAGCAGGGACAUGGAGGACUACGAGGUGCACAGUGGCAGCAACGACAUCCACUUUGAGGAAAUCACCGCCACUGAGAUCUAAAAGAGAACCCACACGCUAACAGUGCGUGUGGGUGCGCACAGGAACAUGAAAACACAAAACCAAACAUUGAAACACCAGGCAAAAUCUGCACUACCUUCAACAUGGCGUAACCUGGACCACAGAGCAAGCACUCACCACUUAUCACUGUCAAAAGGGAGAUCUCCAAAAGGUGCAUUAUUACUCUCUGCUAUCACAAGCACUACAGUAAAUCCUUACAACGUGUCUCUCCCCCGGACUCUUUAUUUUUUUUAGAUGGGUUUUUCCACUAUAAAGCCAGCACAAAGACUUUUUUUUCAAAAACUGUGUUUCCUUUUUAGACCACGUUCAAAUCAGGGUAUCUGAAAAACAACAAGGAAAAUAAAGCAAAAAAAAAGCAAAAAAAAAAGCUACUAUAUGCACAGCAAUCUGGUCGAAGCACCGUCACACCUUUUCUUGGUAGCACACGAGGUUAAACAGCCGGCCACCAGCAUGCAUAAAAAGGAUGCAUCAUGACCACACUCCUGCGAUCAACACCCACCGCUGCCGGCUCUUAAUGAUGACAUCAUCACGCAACAACAACUAAAAACAACACUUUUCCACUAAGUAACACCAAAAGGAGAAAUACAUUGAAAAGUCACAACAUCAGACGAUCAGCCGUUUACGCAUUUUACAAAUUAUACAAGGACAAGACAGAUUUCCUCAGCGCUGUUUAUUUGAAAAAGAAUGUGUUUUCUGUUAUCACUCCAGAGAAAUAAACGGUCACCACCUGCAAUGAAAGGAUCUGCUCACCAAGGGAAACAUGGUGUCAUUUUCCACAACAGUCCUGCUCACUUUUGUUUGCGAUGCAGCCGCCUUUGUUUGGAAAGGAAAUCAUGAAACCAGUUUUAACAUUUGUUUCUUGGUUGUCUUACAUAUGGACAUCCUAAUCUGUCUUUUUCACUCCAAACCCAGAGGACAAAAACAUGCAAAAGAAACGCUUAUUCUGAAAGCUGCUCAUGUCAUCUGGAACUCCAAGAGUCACAUUUGAUCACUCUGUCAACUCAUUUAUUCAAUGCUGCAAUUUCUGACAUAAACAUUUACAUUUUACAAUUAUGUAGCACUAUAGAAAGCAGACUGUAGCAUUGGAGAUGUCACUAAGAGGCUGCUGAUUCUCCUCUUUGUCUUUUUCUGCCUUUUUCUCCAUGUCUUCUUCUUCUUUCUGUCUCUAACUCUGCUUCUUACUCAACUAUUUUUAUAACAGUGAAAAGCGCCUCAGCAGUCGGUAUCAGGAAUCUAAAAAUGGAGCAUAUUCUUUUACUUUAGAUGUGACGUCACUGAAGAAUUUAAGCCAGUGUUUGAACUGUAGGCAUGCUUAUUCAGAGUUUCCGUUUAUUCCCCUUUGUUCCCAUUAGUGCUCUUUCUUUAGCUUUUUGCAGCCCAAAGCCAAAAUAACACUUUAAAAGUCUUCCUAGUCUCACCGUAGACUAUAAUCUUCACUGACUCCUAUACAGAUAACGAGACUGGCAUGCCUGCAUGUCUUUAUUAUAUCAGAUUUCAGAAGAGGCCUGUUGAGAUAGUGGUGAGAUGAUAAUUUACAGAGGCAGACGCUCCAUUGUGAGUUGUCGGCUGUUCAAGUCCUUGACUGACCUCAUUUACAUGGCGGUCAUUUUCCAGUCCAAUGUUAUAGUCAGGGUUGGAAGCCUUUAUGCUGUUUUAAUGUCAUACUGCUGGGCCCCAGGUCUCAAGUUUUACAAACUAAAGGACGAAUCGUUGUCAUCUACUGCUUCUUGAUUGUUGAACAGUAAAAAUAUGGGGUACAUCGUCGCAUAUUUCAAUUGAAAUCAACACAUUUGGAAACCAUUUAUGUGUAGAGAACGGGUAAUAUUAGCAUUUAGCCACUUUCUAGAUAUCAAUGGCAUUAGCGUUGAUCUUCCGACACAAUCGAAGAGAGAGGUGUUAACUUUAAGCUAAUAUUAGCUAGGAAUAAACUUGUUAAAUGAUACAAAAGGAAAAUGGCUAAAUCCUACUUUAUAGUGUAUUGUUAGCUAGAAAAUUAGCUUCUUUGCUAUCAAAAUGCGUUAAUAAUGUUAGCUAGAAGUUUAGCUUCUUUAACAAAAUGCGUAAGUAAUGUUAGCUAGUAAGUGGUUAGCUAAUAGGUUAUCAUCUAUGUUUUUUAAUGUUUUACCCAAAGUCACUCUUUAUUUUAACUAUCAAUUGUCGUUUUAGUUGUUCAACAAUCAAGAAGCAGUGAAAUGAUAAAUAUUAUUAGAAAUACUUUAUUUGUAUGACAACCUGGAAUACAGUACAAAAGCAGUAUUACAGCGUUUGAGCUCCCAACUCUGAGGGAAACGUCUGAGGAAAUUGGCUGCAGUGUGAAUAUGGUACAUCAGCUAGUUUGGAGCAUGUUCAUUUUUGAAACUGUGGGAUUCUGUGUUUUCUCACAGUAUAUGCAGGGCUGUAAAACACUGAGCAUUGUGGGUCUCUAUAUAUUAAAAAAAAAAGUAUAGUGAGCUGAGAACUUUUAUUUUACAAAGAGUCUAUAAAAUUGAAUAAUAGUUAAAUGGAAAUCUAUAUAAUGGAGGAGAUGUUGUAUAUUUUUUUAUAUAUAGCACCUGAAGAUAUUUUGUUGUAGUACCGGUAUAAGUGUUGGUUUAAUAUACAAAGUAUAAAGACUUCUAUAUAAGAAUAUAUCUAUCACAUACCAAUAUUUCAAAUGAUGGAUCAGUUUCAAAUGGAGGCGGCAGCAUAGAAAGAGUGCACCUAAUACUGUAAUGCAUGACAAAUGUUUACAUGAUAUACUCUUUGUGACACAACUUACACUCUAAUGACCAAACUUUGCAUCUGUUAAAACAGUUGAAAGCUUUUAUUUCGGGCUCUGUUGUCUCUCCAUUUAGAUUGAUCUUUCAUUUGACCAUCAGUAUCAUAAUAUCUCACAUGGUUCAUGUCUUCAUUGUUGGGUUUUGUGCACGUCAUUUGUCUGUUGAUGAAUCAGUCACUCAAAGGUGACCCUUUUUAUGCGUUAAGUGGAGGUCAGCAGUCAUGCAAAGUGAGAAAAGGUUGUUUCCUAUACUUGGAAAUUCAGUUGAACCCUUUGCAGAAAAUUUUAUCCGCAAAUAUGAUCGAUUAUAAUACAUUAUGCAUGACAUUUCCAGAGUUAAAAAGUCUGCAUUGUGCAUAAAAUGUUCACAUAAAGCAUUGGAAAGCGCCUUUGAAUGGAACAAGUUGGGUUUGUCCAACCGUGUUCGAGUUGAAAACCAGAACUAGACUGUUAUUUACUGACCACAGAUGCAGCACAAAUGCAGAUUAGCAACAAGUACAGGUGUAUCAAACCAAACUGAGUUCUUCACUGAAAGUUCUUUAUGCAUCAUUGACUUCCUCCUCCGCUGUUUCAGUUUUCUUCAUUGUUGCAUAACCGUUUUCUGUGUAAAUAUGUAAAACACUUCAUAGUAUAACAGAGUGACAUUGUCUUUUAUUCAGACAAAUAUCUAUUUCAAAUGUAGCCACUGUGACUAGACCAAAGCAACGUAAAACCUUUCUUUCUUUUUUUGUGGCUUUUUUUUCUCAUCCUUUUGUGUGCAUUUUUUUAUGUUUACUUACAUUGUGUCUUCAGUUAUUCAUAAAGUCUGUAGUUGUCCUUGUAUAUUUUUAUGUGUACAUGUCUUGUACAAAUGACUGUGUUUUUAAUUAAAGAACAAGCUGUCACACCUUAAA